CAGACAUCAGAUAUAUGAUAUAUGACAAUUGACAGCCGUUAAACUCAAAAAUUUGGAAAUGGUGUGUUUAAUUGUAAUUCUAGUUUAAUCCUCAUCGUGCCAUAAAUUCACAGUAAAAGUAAAAAAAUCUUGUUGAUGGCUAAAAUACAUUAACGACUGUUGAAGCGUGUUUUAGUGAACGUCCUGCAGCCUUGAAUCCAUCACGUCAUCAUACCUAACCUCUCUUUAGGCGUCUAUUUAGCAACUGAAGAUGUUUAAUUUUUCAAGAAGUGCAGAAACGCCACGUUCGAGGAUGAACGACAGAGGAGAUCCUCCUGAUGGUCUCGUUGGAAGCUUCAUGGAACCCAAAAUCACCUCAACGCCUUUGGUCAGGGACAACCACCCUAUCUCGCCUCCAAAACCCCGCCUUUUUAGUCCCCAUAAGUAUUCCUUAUCAGAAGUAACACCGUCUUAUAAUAAUAGGAAAAACCCUCUAUCCCAUACGAAGGCCAUUGGUCCUCUUUUGGUUUCUACAAAAUACAGUGUGAAUGUGAGUACAUAUGAAGAUGCAAAGAGUCCUGGGUUGGUGUCAAGAAUAGUGCAAUACAAUGAGGAGGCAGAACAUGAAAAAGAGUACCAGAGGCCUGCUACCCAUCAAGCAAAAUACAAUGGAGCUGGCUUGUUUCCUAUUGUGCAUUUAUUCAAAAAAGAUCUUCCCACACUGACUCCUAAAAGGGUUUCUGUGCGACUAGGAUCUGUAGAUUAUUCAAAACCACAUAACCAGGAGUAUAACCAGAAGCUCUUAGAAGGCAUGGUUAAACCGGGUUCAACAUAUUUAGGAAGAAAGUCUGUAAUACAAGGGCCUAAUGAUAAUAAUAGUGGCCCGAGAAGUGUGCUAGACGCAUUAAAAGAGAUAUCCAGGAAACGUAUACAUAGCAGUGAGGAGCUUGAAUUGAAUGCGGAUGAUGUCAAAAGGUCAAGGACAGAGAUGUUGAAUGGAGAUUCGAACAAAAGGUCAAGAGCAGAAUCUCCUCCACUGGACUCCUCACCAGAGAGCUACUCCGGCUCUGGAAAACCGCAUUCCAAGAGGGUAUGCGUUUAUGAUGAAUAUGCUGCAUCAUGUUCUUCCAGCAGUUACUUAACAAAGACACCAGAGUCAUCUACAGGUGGUGCCAAAAGAAAAUCGAUCAGCAUAAGCACCCUGACCGAAAACCCCAAGGAAUCAAAACAAGUAAAACUAGUGACAGUGGAAACACAAACCAGUGACUCUUCUGAAACUACAAGGAUUUCAGAAUCAACUACCACUACCGAAAUAGACAAUAAAAAAGACAAAGAAAACGAAGAGGAAACUGCUGACGGUAAAAGAGAAAGCCCAAUAAAGAUAUUUGACGACGUACCCCUGGAAAGAAUAAGAAGAAACAGACUGAAGGCUCUGAUGGGUAGCUUAGCGGGAAAAGAUGCACCAUUGGCUUCGAAGCCAGAAACGUCCAACACCUUGGUGAUCGAAAAAUCCAAAGAUGUGGUCGAUUCAGAGAAAGACAAGAUGCCGGUGUCGAUUAUGAGCCACAAUAAGUCACACCCAGAGAAGUCUGAGAAGCACGUUCACUUUAACAUUCCGAAUAUUUCAAACACCUCAACGAGUAGCUUCCCAGUCCAAACGUCGCAGAGCAACAGUGUCGCCAAACCGCAGACUCCCGCACCUCCCUCAUCUCCUGUCAAUGUUCCGACUUCUGAGCCGCUGCCUUCAGUCUCACUUUCCACCUCUAAGGAUCUACCGGUGAUUAACUUUUCUGCAGGUAGCGGUAUUUUGAAAUCUGUCCCGUCGAUACCUAGCUUACAGUUCAAUUCUCCCUCGUCUACUUCUCUAGGCUUACCGGCAAUUUCUACGUCGGUCACGUCCGUUGCAUCAUCAACAUCUGUCAGCUUCGCAACGUCCAAAGCUGACAAUCCUAAAGUUGGAGGGUUCAAAUUCGACCUGCCCAAAUCUGUUUCUACAACUUCAGCGGCGUCUAGUGUCAUGUCCACAACCAGUGCAGCUCAACUGACUUUCAGUACCACCACUUCCAAAGCUGACCUCACAACGGCUAAACCAGCUUUUGGUGCUGUGGCCACUACAAGUUCGUCAUUUUCUCCAUCUGGCGGGUUUGUUCUUGGAUCGAAAAGUUCUUCAAGUAGUACCGCCUUACCGACUUUCGGCCUCAAACCUACCACUGCUAGCAGUACCUUGCCUUCCCUGGUUGCUGGGAUCAGCAGCCCGUCAUCGACUAUAACAUUCGGCGCAAAGACUACCUCGUCAACGCCAUCUUUCGGAAAUAUAACUAGCACUGCAACUACGGCAUCGCCUGGUUUUGGCACUUCCAUAACAAGUGCUGUUAGCUCGGCCCAACCCGCCCCGACGUCAACUCCGACGUUCAACUUUGGUGGUGCCAACAAAGAUACUUCAAGCGGUACUGUAACUGCAUUCCUCGCACCUGCUACAACCAGUGCGUCGGCUCCUCCGUCUUACGAAUCGACUACGCAAAAUAAAGCAUUCAGCUUUGGGGCUGCGAGCAAUGCCACGACAAGUACGCCUUCAUUCAACUUUGGAGGAAGCAAGCCAAGUGAUCAACCUACUGCAGUAGCACCGUUCGGUUUUGGGGCAACUACGACUACAACUGGUGGAUUCGGUAGCACCACUACCUCCAUUUCGAGUGCAUUUGUGACAACAUCGACAACAGCGAGUACUUUCGGCGCAGUGACGAAAACCACCGGUGGUUUUGGAACUGGUACCGCUACCACGACAACCGCUGCAGUGCCGGUAUUUGGAGGUGUUCAAACGACAGCAUCUUCUACGUUUGGAGGCAGUACCGCGACCGUUACUCCGUUCGCCAAACCAACGGUACCGACCUUUGCGCAGGGUACGACGCAACCGAAUUUCGGCGCGUCUACGACGACGUCGGCGCCUAAGUUCGGUAACGCCAGUACGACCAACAACGGCUCCAUGUUCGGAGGCGCUAAUCCGCCCGCUUUUGGUGCUGCAAGCGGAACUUUCGGAGGUCAAAGCCAGAAUCAGAACAUAUUUGGCGGUGCAGCUGCGGGACAACCUUCUGGGUUUGGAGCAUCCAGCUCUGCUAAUCAGACGUUCGGAGGAACAGCGCCGCCAGCAUUUGGAGGCAGUACUGCUACAACGACCGCCGCUACGGGAUUUGGGACAACUGGAUCUACGCCCUCGUUUUCGUUUGGGGCUAAAACUACAACAUCGGCUCCAACGUUUGGUGCUGGCAACACUUUUGGAACUGUAACAACGACAGCGAGCUCAAGUUUCGGUACCACUUCGACCUCAUCAUUCAAUGGCUCUGGCGGAUUUGGAACUACUAACACGACCUUUGGUGCAACGGCAGGGGGUUUUGGAGGCAACACUGCUCCUACUUUUGGAGCUGCUACAACUACUCAGAGCACUGGAUUUGGUACUAACACUCCUAGUUUUGGAGCCACUACAGCUUUCGGAGGUACUGCGAGCAAGCCUGCCUUUGGAAGUACCACACCAUCAAGUAGUUCAGCAAAACUUUCUUUUGGAGCUCCUGCACCUGCUACUGGAUUUGGUCAAUCCCACCCAACAUCCCCAUCUUUCGGCUCGAACGCGGCGUCGGCGUUCUCGAAACCGUCCGGUACCACCUUCGGUACUCCCAACGGCUCGUUUGGUGGUGCCCAGCCACCGGCUGCCAGUAGUGGUGCUUUCAAUGCUCCUACCACCACGCAGUCGGGAGUGUUCAGCUUUGGGGGUGCGUCCGCAUCAACGACGGCCAAACCAGCGGGUGUGUUUUCAUUUGGAGGCGGUGCGACGGGGUCUGGCGAUGUCACCAAGCCUAGUUUCAACUUUACUGGAGGUGCUACACCUUCGUUCGGAGGUGCGACAUCACCUUCGUUUGGAGCUAACAACGUAGCAGUGCCACAAUUUGGAGCGACUGGAACACCUCAAUUUGGAGCAGCCUCUCCUGCACCAGGGAAAACCAAAUUUGGCUGAUGGCUUGAGUUCAAUGCGUACGAGAGAUAAGCGCGAGAAGUGUGUGUCGACACAUGUUCGAAAGAAAUACAAGCUGCUUGAGGAGCGGAGGUCAUCAUCACAUCGCCUAGCAAAGAUGACGCAGAGAAUCGUGCAAUCGGGCUUCUACAAUAGGUUAGGUUACUGCCAAACCCAAGAAGGAGGUACUUUUAACAUCGGCGCCGGGCCUCCGGCUAGCAACAGGGGCCGAACGACAUUGAAACCAAGACGACGUAUCUAAGAGUAAAGUGGCGCGUUAUUUGAAAAUGUGAAAUUGUGAGAUAUAUUAUACACUGAUGGACUUUCCAGGUGUUUUUUGGGUUUUAUUGUUUAAAUGCGUGCUGAUGACCGCCCCAUGCGACGUAAGCACGAUUAUUUUAAUGUUGUUUAUUUGUAAAUAAGAAAAUAAGCGUACUGUUCAAAAAGAAAUGUGAUAUUUAGAUUGUUAUAGUGUCGUGCUUACAGAUGCAUCGUGGCGUUGUUGUGUAUCUUGUAUUUAUUUCUAGGUCUUUUUAAUUUUUAGCUUAUACGUAUAGAAUAAAUACAAUAUUUUAUUUAUUCGAA